AUGUUAAAUCAAAUGGCUGACAAAAUGCAAACAGAAAAUCAAGUGAAUCCACCAUCUUCUAAUAUUCGGAAUUCAAAAAAUGGAAGUAGUAAUUGGGAAAAUACAAAAUCAGUAUUUAAUGAUUUAUUAUUAAAUAAUGGAACGGAGAAUGAUGAUAGAAAAUUAGUUGAAGCUUUUGCAAAUUUGUCUUUUAAUCAGGGAAGUACAAAUGAUUUGAUGGAAUCAUUAAUUCAAACAGCUGUUUCUAAAGAUGUUAUGUAUGCUCCUUUAAAGGAAAUGCACUCAAAGUUUGGAAUAUAUUUGGAAACAAAAAAGGAUUCUCUUGAUCCAGAAUUGUUACGAAAUUACAACGAACAAUUUAGGAUUUUAACUCUUCUUUUACAACUUUAUGCGGAAGAGGAAUCGUUGCCUUCUACCUCAACAGUAAAUGAAGAAACAAAAUCUGCAAAGGAAGCGCGUGCUACAUUAAUAGCUAAUUUAUGGAUUGAAAUGCAAAAUUAUGGCCUUCCACCACCAGAAAUUACUUCAGAAAAUAAUCCUGCCUCUUCAACUUUAAAUGAAUGCUCAAUUAUUUAA